AUGACGAACUCCAUGAUUUCAGUAGUGCUUCUCCUGUGUGGUUAUGUAAGAACAGAGCCAGCGAGAUUUGACAACCACAAGGUACUACAAAUCACUCCGCACUCAUCGGAGGAACUAGAACAGGUGCUAGCUAUACAUGACCUCUAUGAUCUUGACAUGUGGCGACACCCACGGAUGGGAAACCACUCCCUUGAUGUGUACGUGGAACCAGAGAAGCUGAAGUCUGUAUUAACCGCUCUUAAAAACUUAGGAUCUCAUGUCAAAAUCUGGAUUGACGAUUUACAAAAACUUAUAGACCAAGAAAAGUCUUCCAUGAAAAGAAGUAUUCGCUUCCCAUACACCUCUCAGGGACGUUCUCAGGGCUUCAACCAUUUUACCUACCACAGAUACUCCACGAUCAAUCAGUAUUUAAGGGACAUUGAGACAGCGACAGCAUCCAUGCCUUCAGUGAACGCCAGUGUCUUCACAAUGGGUUACACAUACGAGGGCCGCGAAGUGAAUGUUCUAAAGGUAACUCGUGGAGACGGUGAAUCACGCCCCUCCAUUUUCAUUGACGGUGGGAUCCACGCGCGUGAAUGGAUAGCUCCUGCCACGGUGUUAUAUUUUAUCAAUCAGAUGGUGUAUUGGGACGACUAUGCACCUCAGUUGCUGAAUAAAUUUGAUUGGUAUUUCGCCCCUCUGCUGAAUCCUGAUGGUUAUGAAUAUUCACAUACAACUUACAGGCUCUGGAGGAAAAACAGAGCUGAUCAUUCCAGAAACUGCUAUGGAACAGACCUGAAUAGGAAUUUUGGUUUUCGCUGGAAUCCGUCUGUAGGCGGAAGUACGAACGAGUGUUCGGAUGUCUAUUCUGGGUCCCAGGCGUUCUCUGAAAAAGAGAGCCAGUCGCUGAGAACAUUCAUCCUGAGUAAUAAGCAGAACAUGAUAGCCUAUCUGACGUAUCACUCGUACGGACAAAUGUGGUUGUAUCCAUGGGGAUAUACGUCCGCUUUUCCUCAGGACUGGCGAGAACUGGAAGCUGCUGCCAAGGCUGGAACCUCUGCUCUGGCUCAACUUUAUGGAUCCAACUAUAUAGUGGGCUCCUCUACAAACGUGUUAUAUUCGGCGGCAGGUGGGUCAGAUGAUUGGGCUAAAGGUAGUGCCGGUGUGAAAUAUUCGUACACUAUCGAACUCCGUGACACUGGGAAGCAUGGUUUUGUACUUCCGGUGGACGAGAUUGAACCAAAUUGCAGGGAGUCAUGGCGUGGCUUAGCAGAAUUCGCGCUGUCAUUAAACACAAACAUGAGGAGAAAGAAAAUUGGUGAUAGAUAUAAAUCAAGACUGUGAAUUGAAUCAUGAAUAUUCAUGUAAAUGGUGCUAUGACAUUCAAUGAAUGAAUGAAAUUGUUUCCAAUGUAUUUCUUUAUUCUAAAAGUUGGUUGCUGUUUGCCAUUUUGCAAUGAUUCACUAAUAAAUAA